AUACAGGUGUGUGAGAUAGAUCCAGUGUGAAACACACAUCACGGUUUUCUGUACAGUGCCAAGUGAAUGCUGACUGCGACAGGAAGUAUAUGGAAGCUUAUAGCUUUGUCCAAGAGUCGCCAUGGUUAUGGUAACUUGUUUGGUGUAUAACUAUUGUGGGAUUUUGGUGAAUUCUUGUUAAGUACUGAUCAUAUGAUGAGGAGCUGAAUAUGUCAGUUUGGAAUCAACAGCUCCACCUGUCUGUGAGAGAGGGAGACAGUGCUAGUGUGGAAAGACUGAUUGGAGCAGGGGCCAACAUCAAUCACAUGUUCUAUGGCUGGACUCCUCUACAACUGGCCAUCAACUUGGGUCAAGAAGAAAUUGCCAUUUUACUUGUAAAUAGAGGAUGUGAUAUCAAUGUACAGGACAAGAACAAUGUGUCACCAUUUGAGGAUGCUGUAAACAAACGACUGUGUAAGGUUGUGGCGGUAUUACUGGAAAAAGGAGUAGACCCUGACCAACUCUUGACCGAUGGUCAUACCGCUCUGUGUCGGACAGCUGUGUGGGACGACCAACAGCUGGCCAAAGUGCUGAUAACAGGUAAGGCAACUGUCGACUUCCGCUCUGACAAUGGAGAUGUGCCCCUGUUUGUGGCAGCAAGGGAGGGUCACUCACGACUCGCACAGAUACUACUGGAGGCUGGGGCUGACUGUAAUAUCACCUGUAAGGAGGCGGGUCUACAGACCCCAAUUAUAGUAUCUGCUUCACAUGACCACACUGACGUCAUCAGGGUCCUGUUGAAGUUUAACUGUGAUGUGAAUGCACAGGAUAGUGAUGGUUGGACGGCACUUUGGCACGCCUACAGUAACAGCAGUACUGACAUCAUGAGGCUGCUCCUGAAAUCAGGGGCAGAUAAGAACAUCACAAAUGUAGAUGGACACACAAUUUUAGAUGAGGCAAAAUUAUCAGAGGAUGAAGACAUGGUUGAGAUCUUAAAGAAGUUUGGUCAGUCCUGGACGUGAAAUGGCCAAAAUGUGUCCAGCUUAUGUGUGGGCCUACUGCAAGAGAAAUUGUUCAAUAAGUUAUUUUAAUUUUGUUCAACUCUGUAAGUUCAAUGAUAAUGUGUUCUGUUACUUUAUUCUGUACAACUUAAUUUAUUUUGUAUAUGUUGAGCACUGUUGUUAUAAAGAUUUAAAAUUUUAAAUGUUAAUACGGUGCCAUAACGAAGCAUUCCAAUAACAGCAUUCCAUUUCUACGUAUACUGCUAAAUACAUAAGUUGUUGUAUCAUCCUCAGAUGUAGUCACCAGCCUCAUUAUCGUAAGAUGUUUAAAUAUGAUCUAAAACCCAUAAUGAAAUUUUAAGUGUAAAAUUAAAAGUUGGAUGUUUGUAUCAUAGACUGUACUGUUAAGAUUUUAUCUAUCAUAUCUUUGUCAGUGACAUCUGUACACUAGGUGGCACUGUCGCACUGAUGUGAUUUCCCGCUGCGAAAAUGAUUGAAAUACUGCUUCAUGAUCAGAAUCUCAGCAUUUGUAUAAUUGUGAUGUCAUUAGAUAAAGAUUGUCACUGUCAUAUCAUGAUGUUAUAAAUGCCAUAGGGUUGUGGUGUCAUGACUAUGAUGUUAUAAGUUACAAUUAUCAUUGUCAUAUUAUGAUGUUAUAAAUGUCAUAGGGUUGUGGUGUCAAGCUUAAGACUGUGAUGUUAUAAGUUAAGAUUGUCACUGUCAUAUCAUGAUGUUAUAAAUGUCAGAUGUUAGGGUUGUGGUGUCAGGUCAGGCUUGUUAUAUGCUAUGCAUAUGUACUACAUGUAUAUCAUAUGUUUAUAUCUGUAACACUUAAAUUUGUUAAACAUAUAAUAAAUGUUGACCUGUUUGAAGCCUGAUAUUACAUUUUACUGUAAAUUAAAGUGUGAAAUGUU